UGAUGGGGUCCCCAGCCAAACGGCGCCCGAAUGUGUUCUGGCGGUAGGGUUUUAGAACUCUUCGAUAUUCGACGCGUGAGUGGCAGCUUUCUAGAAUAAAACCCUCUGUAGGGUAGAGAGAGAGAGAGAGAGAGAGAGAUGGGGAAGAAAACGAAAGCCAUGAAGGAGGGAGGCGUCAGUGAGAAUGGUGGCGGAGAGCACUGCCGCUCUACCGUUUUUGUCUCCAAUGUGCCAUUUUCUCUUUCUUCUGCUCAGCUCGAAGAAACAUUCAGUGAGGUGGGUCCCGUGCGCCGGUCCUUCCUCGUAACAAAAAAGGGAUCAAAUGAACACCGUGGCUUUGGGUUUGUCCAGUUUGCUGUUACUGAAGAUGCUGAGCGGGCCAUUCAAUUAAAAAAUGGUGCACUCAUGGGAGGCAGAAAGAUUGGAGUUAAACUUGCAAUCCAUCGUCUUCCCCUUGAACUGCGUCGGUCAAAGGCAAAUCAUGAUGAUCCCUUGCCAAAGGACAAGGAAGGCAACCUUUCUUGUGGAGUAAUUAAACAUGAGCAAGCUUCUCCUGCACAAGCAAUAGAGAAGUCGAAAGGGACCAGAAAAGAAAUGGUAGUUCACAGUGAUGUACCUAAUAAAGGGGAUUAUACAGUCAAACAGAGGGUUGCCAAAACAGUAGUAUUUGGUGGUCUUCUGCGUGCUAAAAUGGCAGACGAAGUGUUUCGUCGUGCUCGGGAGGUUGGUGAUGUAGUUUCUAUAACUUAUCCGCUUCCCAAAGAAGAGCUUGAACUCCAUGGACUUGCACAGGACGGAUGCAAAAUGGAUGCCGCUGCUGUGCUUUAUACAAGUGUCAAAUCAGCACGUGCUUCUGUUGCCAUGUUGCAUCAGCAAGAGAUAAAUGGUGGAUGUGUUUGGGCACGUCAGUUGGGUGGCGAGGGCUCCAAGACAAGGAAGUGGAAACUUAUUGUUAGAAAUCUCCCUUUCAAGGUUACAGUAAAUGAGAUUAAAAAUGUCUUUGCUGCAGCAGGUUUUGUGUGGAACGUAUUCAUUCCGCAUUUGUCUGAGGAAGGGUUGUCUAAGGGGUUUGCUUUUGUUGCCUUCAUGAGCAAACAAGAUGCAGAAAAUGCCAUCCAGAAGGUUAAUGGGCAAAAGAUAGGCAAAAGGCCUGUUGCUGUUGAUUGGGCCGUUUCAAAGAAAAUAUAUGCAACAGUUUCCAAUUCUACUGAUGCUACAAAAGAUGAACAACAGGAUGACAUGCAUGGGGAUGAUAUUGACAAAGAUGAUUUGGCUAGCGAGGAUGAUGAAGAUGAUAGUGCUGUGGUACCCAAAGAUAGUGGUACAGUUCCAGAAGAAUGUAAUGAUGUAGACAAUGAAGUUCUCUCUACAGAAGUGGAUUUUGAUGAGUCAGAAAUUACAAUGAAGGUUCUCAACAACUUGAUGUCAUCCUCUGCAAACGGAACCCUUCCUGCUCAUGAAGACGAUUCCAACUUCACUGUAAAUGACGAGGAAUUAAAAUCACCUGAUGUGAUUAGUUUCAAGAGUAAGAGAGCUGUUGAGCCUGGAGAAAAUACCAGUAGAAGUAAACUGAAAAAUCCCAAUAAAAAGGAACUGACUGCUCAUGAAUCAAAUGAGGGAGAAGAUGGUUUGGACAGGACAAUUUUCAUAAGCAACCUCCCAUUUGAGCUUGACAAUGAGGAAGUCAAACAAAGAUUCUCUGUAUUUGGGGAAGUGCAAUCAUUUCUUCCAGUGCUUCACCACAUCACGAAGCGACCAAGAGGGACUGCAUUUCUCAAGUUUGGUACAACAGCUGCAGCAGAUGCUGCAGUUUCGGCUGCUAAUGCUGCACAAGGUUUAGGUAUUGUUAUGAAAGGGAGAUCACUGACUGUCUUGAAGGCUUUGGAUAAGAAAUCAGCUCACAAGAAGGAACUUGAUAAGAAAAAGAAUGAGGCUCAUGACCUGCGCAACCUUUACCUUGCAAAGGAAGGUGUCAUUCUUGAGGGGACGCCUGCUGCUGAAGGUGUGUCUGAAGGUGAUAUGUUAAAGCGACAAGAAUUGCAAAGAAAAAAGAUGGCUAAGCUUCAGUCUCCAAAUUAUCAUGUUUCGAGGACUAGACUCAUUGUAUACAAUGUGCCACGGUCAAUGACAGAAAGAGAACUUAAGAGACUUUGUAUAGAAGCAGUUCUUUCUCGAGCUAGCAAGCAAAAGCCCUUGAUCAGACAGAUAAAGUUUCUGAAGGAUGAGAAGAAAGUAAAGGCUGGAAAGAAGCACUCACGUGGUGUAGCUUUUGUUGAGUUUAGUCAACAUGAUCAUGCAAUUGUGGCCCUCAGAGUUCUUAAUAACAAUCCAGAAACUUUUGGUCCUGAGCAUCGCCCGGUUGUUGAGUUUGCUCUUGACAAUGUCCACACAUUAAGAUUGCGUAGAACUAAAUUACAGUCUCAGCAGGGCAUCCAUGGUAGUCCAACAAAAGAUAAGGCCAUGGAUGCACAGGAGAACACCGUAUCUCAGACAGCAAAUGAUAAGAAAAUGAAAAAUCAUAAACCUCGAGAAGGUAGUGGAUCAUUCAAGGCCCUAAAAUCUGACAAAGGAGAUGACGAAGUAUAUGAUGCUAGUGAAGGGGGUACAAAGGCAGGUAACGCUGUGGAGCCUACAACAAAGAAGCAGAAGGGUCCACACGCGAAAGGAAGAAAGACUGAACUUUCUGCCAAGGCAAAUCAUGGGCGGACCAAUGAAAACCCGCUCAGCCAACGAGAAAUUGGCAAAUUCAAUCGACAACCAUCUAAUGUGAAAAAUACGGCAAAAGAAGCAAGCACAGCCGACACCCAGAAGUCCAGAUCCAAUGAGGCAAUACGAGGGGCCCUGAAGAAGAGGAAACGCCCGGAGGGUGAUGUUACAGAACAGCAGAAGGGCCCCAAAAGUACGAAGAAGAAAAAGAAAGUGUCGGGAGAGGAACCGCAGGAUAAACUAGACAAGCUGAUCGAACAGUACCGCUUCAAGUUUUCACAGCGUAAUUCAAACAAUACCGAACGGGUAAAACAAGGUUCUGGAGAACUCCGGAGAUGGUUUCAGUCCUAGUAGAGCUGCCCCAGCUCUGCCUGAGAGCGCCAAAGUUUUGUCUCUCUACAAACCCAUUUACACCCUAACAGUAAUGUUGAUGAUUAAUAUAUAAAGGAAUGAUGAACUGUCCAGAAAGGGAGCUGAGUCAUGUAGAAUAAAUAGUAAAGGACCCAGCCAUUUAUUGGAUCUUAAAACUGCAAUGGCCGACCUUUUCUUUCCAUGCAGUAAUUCAGUGUGUGAGCGUCGGUGGCCAGCAAUCCAAAUGCUAUCUCAUUUUGAAAGGCUCUCGGAUCCGUCUCAUGUUGAGAGGUGUGGAGACGUGUUGACAGAAUAUUCUCUUAUAUAUUUCAUAAUUUUUCAAAAGCUCAA